AAGGACACCUUAGCUUCAGGUCAGACUUCCUGUCCGGGUGCAGCCAUGGCCGUGGUGGAUGUGCGGGCGCUCACGCAGCCUGUGGGUGUCAUGAGAGUCAUGGCGUCCUUCCUCACCUGCAUGUGUUUCAGCCUGGUGGCGUCGGUUGGAUAUUUGAACUCUCCGUACUGGGCGUGGUGCAUGUUCACCUGGUGUUUCUGCUUCUUCUUCACGCUCCUCAUCCUGGUCUUGGAGUUCACCUCCAUCUCUUCUAAACUUCCUUUCGCCUGGGAGGAUUUCACCACCGCCUUUGCUAUGCUGGCGAGCCUCAUGUGCCUCGCCGCCUCCAUCAUCUACCCCGUCUUCUUCACCUGCAAGACCUGCCAUCGUCAGAUCGGAGCGUCUGUGGUGUCCUGGGUCUGUUUCGCCGUGUACACGGGAGAGGUGGUCUUGACCCGCCUUCGUCCGAGCGGGGAGCACAUCGGCUUCCUCUCCACGCCGCCAGGCAUCAUGAAGAUGUUGGAGACGUUCCUCGCCUGCCUCAUCUUCACGUCUCUGGAGGCGGGACAUUACUCACACUCCUCAGGUCUGCAGUGGUGCAUCGCCGUCUUCUCCCUGUGCUUCAUCUUCAACAUCCUCAUCAUCCUGCUCACCACGGGACGGCUCACCUCGUUCUCGCCGCUCCCCUUCGACAAGCUGGUGAUCGUGUAUAACGUGUUAGCGGCGGCCGUGUACCUGACCGCCGUGGUGCUCUGGCCGCUGUACUCUUUCAAAACCAAGCGGCCGGCCAACUGUGGCAGCCUGUGUUCCUGGGACAAGCUGGUGAUGGUCUCCCUCAUGACCAUCCUGAACUUCCUGGUCUACACGCUGGACUGCGUGUUCUCCAUACGGCUGGUGUUCUGUGUCCGCAGCCAGUGAGGCAGCUGAUUCUCUGAGGACGGACUGGAGUUUAACUUCAAACUGUAAACUUUGAGACUCCGUGAAGACGAUCUGUCCCUUCUGCUUCAAAGAACAAACUCAGAUCAGCGUUCAGAGACUCACCUGAGUCUCUCUGUCUUACCUGUAUGUACCUGAGUGUACCUGUGAGUACCUGUGAGUACCU